AUGGAUUCAACCAGUCAAGAGCUGAAAACUAAUGAAUUGAUGCAAGCUCAGACUCAACUUUAUAUGCAUGCGUUAAGUUUUGCAAAAAGCAUGGCUAUCAAGUGUGUUGUUGAAUUAGGCAUUCCCAACAUAAUCCACAGCCAUGGAAAACCCAUGCCUCUCUAUAGCCUCGUUGAUGCUCUUUCUCUACCACCAACCAAAACGGAAUAUUUGAAUCGCCUAAUGCGUUUAAUGGUUUAUUCGGGAAUAUUUUCUACAGAAAGCCUUGAAAAAAAUCAAGAAGACAAGGGAUAUAUACUGACAGCAACUUCAAAGCUUUUGAUAAAUACCACCAAGACGACGUCAUCUGCUGUUAUCUUUUUGAUCGAUCCUUUCACGAUGUCACCUUUUUAUUUCUUAAGCGCAUGGUUUCGAGGGAGUGGCUCCACACCAUUUGAGGCUGCUCAUGGUAUGACCAUAUGGAAUGCGUUGGAGCAAAACCCUGAGAUACGAAAGACGUUCCAUGAUGCCAUGGCUGGUGACUCCGGCUUGUUGAUGAGUGUAAUUGUCAAUGAGGGUAAGAGGGUCUUUGAAAAUUUGAAGUCAUUGGUUGAUGUAGGAGGUGGGACUGGAGCUACAGCUCAAGCCCUUGUUGAAGCUUUCCCAAAUCUGGAAUGCAUGGUUUUGGAUCUCCCAAAUGUGAUUGCAGACUUACCAGGGGCUACCAACAUAGUCUUCAUCGGCGGCGACAUGUUCGAUUCCAUCCCUCGUGCAGAUGCAGUUCUAAUGAAGACUAUUCUUCAUGACUGGAAUGAUAUGGACUGUGUUAAAAUACUUCAGAAAUGCAGAGAAGCUAUUCCAUCAAGACAAGAGGGAGGAAAGGUGAUAAUAAUAGACGCCGUGAUGAAUGAAGAUUACAUUGAAAAUAAACAAAAACAAGAUUCGAUUACUGAGACACAACUACUUCUGGACAUUGCAGUGAUGGGUGGACCUGGUGGUAAAGAGAGAACUGAGAAAGAAUGGGAAAAGCUAUUUCUUGAGUCAGAUUUUUCCGGCUAUAAGAUAAUAUGCACUUUAGGAUUUAGGUCUCUCAUUGAGGUUUAUCCCUAA